AUGGAUAGGAUUGGGAAGUAUGAGGAUUUGAACAAGAAAUAUAUAGAGUUGGAAAACCGUUUGAUGGAGAUUGUAAAGGAAGAGAGUAAAAGGAAAGGUUUUAAGGCUAUUAAAGCGGAGUUAGCGGUGAAAGGAAAAGGGCAAACCAAGGACGAGAAGUUAGGAUCUUACCAAGAAUACUUGUCUAAAUUGGCUAGAGAAGUUGAGGAAAUAAAGUUCACCCAUUUAGGAAUGGAAGGAAAACAUUUUGCAGAUGCUUUGAUCACAUUAACUUCUAUGUCUAGAAUAGACUUUGGGCACAGGGUACAAUGGGUACACAUUGAUAUCAGAAAUAACCCAGCUCAUUGUUGCUCAGUUGAGAGGGAAAUAGAUGGAAACCCUUGCCAUCUUCGCCUCAACUUCCUCAGUGAUACUAUAAACGAAAAUUUGGGGAAACUCUCUUCACUGAUGUUUCUGGAUCUUUAUAGUAACAAGUUGUCAGGCAUAAUUCCAAAAGAAUUAGGAAAACUGUCUCUUCUCAAAUUUCUGAACCUAGAUGACAAUGAUCUUCAUGGUGAACUUCCGAAGGAGCUUGGAAACUUGACCAAUCUUCGACAGCUAUACUUGACAGCAAAUAAUUUUACUGGGACAAUUCCUACGACGUAUGCGAAACUUAUCAAUCUUCAAGAGUUUGCAGUGGGUGGAAACUAUUUGUCUGGUCCAAUACCUGAUUAUAUUGGAAAAUGGGUGAAUCUCACCAAACUGGUUCUGAUAGGAAAUAAUUUUGAAGGGAAUCUGCCAGCACAAACUUUUAGUCUGCCAAGACUACAGAGAUUGUGGGUCAGUGAUGUGAGCAAUCCAGGAAUAUCAUUCCCAGAAGAAGUACAGGAACAAAAAUCUCUAUUUUCUGUGUGAGUGUUUUUCUUCAGAUUUAUUAUGGAAUUAAUCUGGGAAAAUCUAGAUUAAUGCUCAUGGAUUUGAUCAUAAAUCUUUAGGCGUUGAGGUUUUCCAAGUCC